AUGCGCCGCUUUGCAGACACCGCAUUUCUCUCCGCCGCCGUCGCAACCCGGGCGGUGACGACCACGUUAACGAUCCGUGAUGCACUCAACAAGGCCCUCGACGAAGAGAUGGAGCGCAACGAGAAGGUGUUCAUCCUUGGUGAGGAGGUAGGUCAGUACCUCGGCGCCUACAAGGUGACCAAGGGCCUCCUGGACAAGUACGGCACCUCGCGCGUGAUUGACACGCCUAUCACGGAGCACGGCUUCGCUGGCAUGGCCGUCGGUGCUGCACUGAGUGGCUUGCGCCCUGUGUGCGAGUUCAUGACAAUGAACUUUGCGAUGCAGGCGAUUGAUCAGAUUGUCAACUCUGCGGGGAAGGGGCAUUACAUGUCCGGUGGUCAGUUGAUGUGUCCGGUGGUGUUCCGUGGUCCCAACGGCGCUUCUGCGGGCGUUGGGGCGCAGCACAGUCAGUGCUUUGCGCCGUGGUAUGCCUCAGUGCCGGGGCUGAAGGUGUUCUCGCCGUACAGCGCGGAGGAUGCGCGUGGGAUGAUAAAGACGGCCAUUCGUGACGACAACCCGGUUGUGAUGCUUGAGCACGAGCUCAUGUACGGCGAGUCCUUUGAGGUGUCGGAGGAGGCCAUGGGGAAAGACUUCCUCAUUCCGUGGGGCAAGGCAAAGAUUGAGCGGGUCGGCAAGGACAUCACGAUGAUUGGCUUCUCGCGCGGCGUGGAACUUUGCCUAAAGGCGGCGGACCAGCUCGCCAAGGAGGGUGUCGAGGCGGAGGUGGUCAACCUGCGCUCCCUCCGCCCCCUCGACCGGGCGACGAUCAUUCAGUCUAUCAAGAAGACGGGCCGCGCCAUGACGGUGGACGAGUCCUUCCCGGUUUGCAAUAUCGGCGCGGAGAUCUGCGCCAUCGUCAUGGAGAGCGAGGCCUUCGACUACCUCGACGCCCCCAUGGAACGCGUGUCGUGCGCCGACUGCCCUACGCCGUACGCGAAGGAGCUGGAGGCGGCGUCGCAGCCGCAGGUGUCAGACGUUCUUGCCGUAGCCCACCGCAUUCUCAGCUAG